AAGUCCCAACGGUUGACCUUAAGUGCUUUGAUGGAAUUCGCGUCUUCUUCACCAUCCUUCUCAGAAUCCAAACCCAAAUGGAAAUACGAUGUGUUCAUCAGUUCUGGGGGUGGAGACAUCUGCAGGGCUUUUGUUUCUCAUCUCCAUUCCGCUCUUUUAGAAGCUAAAGUCAACACUUUUCUUGAGGAUGAGAAUGAGCAUAAGAACGAGGUUAUGCGAGCAAUAGAAGGGUCUCAGAUAGCAAUAGUUGUUUUCUCCAAAAGCUAUGCUGUACCUACUUGGGGGCAAUCUAUUUGGUGUCUCGAGGAGCUUGAGAAAAUCAUUGAAUGCCACGAAACUGUUAUGCCCAUAUUUUACGAAAUUGACCCAUACGAUGAACGUCAUCAGAAGGGUGAUCUUGUGAAAGCGCUCAAAGCAGCUGAACAGGAAAUGUUUUCAGGAGAACUCCUGGAAAUCAGGUUGUCAAGGUGGAGCCGUUCACUCUCCAAAGUUGCAAAUUUCCGUCGUUGGGUUCAGAGCGAUUUCACGAAUGAAGCUGAACUAGUGCGGGAAGUUGUUGACCACAUUCUUACUAAGCUAGACAACGAAGUCUUGCCUAUUACCAAAUUUCCUGUUGGUUUAGAAUCCCGCGUGGAGAAAGUGAUUGGAUUUAUUGAAAAGCAAUCCAACAAAGUCUGUAUCAUAGGGAUAUGGGGAAUGGGAGGUUCCGGUAAAACUACCACAGCCAAAGCCAUCUACAAUCAAAUUCAUCGUACAUUCAUGGAUAAAAGUUUCAUUGAAGAUAUUAGAGAAGUUUGUAAAACAAAAGGUAGAGGGCAUGUUCGUUUACAAGAACGACUUCUUUCAGAUAUCCUUAAAGGAAAGGUCAAGAUACAAAGCAUUGGGAAGGGCACAACUAUCAUCAAGGAAAGACUUUGUGGAAAAAAGUUGCUCAUUGUACUUGAUAAUGUGAAUGAGAUGAGCCAGUUACACCUAUGUGGAAAUCGUGAAUGGUUUGGUCAAGGAACUGUAAUAAUCAUUACAACCAGAAAUCUUCGCCUGCUUGACCGAUUUAAAGUUGAUUAUCUUUAUGAGAUGCAUAAAAUGGAUGAAAAAGAGUCCCUUGAGCUUUUUAGUUGGCAUGCUUUUGGAGAAGCAAAACCAAGAGAAGACUUCAACGAAUUUGCAAGAAAUAUAGUUGCUUAUUGUGGAGGACUACCACUAGCUCUUCAAGUCCUUGGUUAUUAUUCAUUUGGACAGACAUCAAAGGAAGUGUGGGAAAGUCUUUCAUCAAAUCCAAAAAUAACACCCUUUGAUCAAAUUCUGGAGAAAUUAAGAAUAAGUUUUGAUGAUUUACAAGAUCAGAUGGAAAAGGAUAUAUUUCUUGAUAUAUGUUGUUUCUUUAUUGGUGUAGACAGAGCCUAUGUUACUAAUAUACUAAAUGGCUGUGGUUUAUAUGCUGAUAUUGGAAUAACAGUUCUCAUAGAGUGUAGCCUCAUAAAACUUGAAAAGAACAACAAACUGGGAAUGCAUCCUUUGCUUCAAGAAAUGGGAAGAGAAAUAAUUUGUGAAAGUUCAAGAACGGAACUUGGGAAGCGCAGUCGGUUGUGGUUUGAAGGGGAUGUACUCUAUGUAUUGGAAAAGAAUACUGGGACCAAAGCUAUUGAGGGAUUGGCUCUGAAAUUGCAUUUAUCCAACAGAUAUUUCUUCAUCAAAGCUGAUGCUUUUAAGAAAAUGAAGAAUUUGAGACUGUUACAACUUGAUAAUGUACAACUCACUGGAGAUUAUGGGUGUCUUUCUAAGCAACUGAGAUGGAUCAGGUGGAAAGGAUUUCCUCGAAGAUACAUACCUAACAACUUUUAUCUGGAAGGUGCAAUUGCGAUUGAUUUAAAACACAGUAAUCUUAGACUAGUCUGGAAAGAUCCCCAGGAUUUAGGGUGGCUAAAAAUCCUCAAUCUUAGUCAUUCCAAGUACUUGAAAGAAACCCCUGAGUUUUCAAAACUACCAAAUCUUGAAAAGCUCAUUCUCAAAGAUUGCCCUAGUUUGUGCAAGGUACACAAGUCCAUUGGAGAUCUCCGCAAUCUUAUUCUAUUAAAUUUGAAGGACUGUAAAAGUCUUGCCAAUCUUCCAAGGAGAGUUUACAAGUUGAAAUCUGUGAAAAGUCUCAUCCUUUCGGGUUCUUCGAAGAUUGACAAAUUGGAAGAAGACAUAGUGCAGAUGGAAUCCUUGACAACUCUAUUUGCUAAAAAUACUGCUGUGACACGAGUUCCCUUUUCAAUAGUAAGAUCAAAAAGCAUUGAUUAUGUAUCCCUAUGUGGAUAUGAAGGAUUAUCACAUAAUGUUUUUCCUUCUAUCAUUUGGUCUUGGAUGUCACCAAAAAUGAAUCCCCUAACUCGUAUUCAUUCAUUUAGUGUCACUUCAUCAUAUCUAGUUUACAUGGAUUUGCAGAACAAUAUUUUGGGUGAUCUAGCAUCAGCGGUUAGAAAUCUUUCAAAUCUUCGUAGUCUUUCGGUGCAAGACACAGAAUUUCAACUAUCUAAACUAUUAAGAACAAUUCCGGAUGAUGCAUAUGGUGUAAAUUUUACUGAAUUUGAAAUAAGAUCAGAUACAUCACAAAUUUCAAAUCAAUACCAGGGGUCUUAUUUGAUUGGAAUUGGAUGUUACCGUGCAGUCUUCAAUACUCUCAUUGAUAGCAUAUCUAAGGGAUUGACAACCAACGAGUCUUGUGAUAUUUUUCUCCCUGGUGACAAUUAUCCUUACUGGUUGGCUCAUACGGGUGAGGGACAUUCAGUGUAUUUUACUGUGCCCAAGGAUUGUCGCAUAAAGGGAAUGACUUUGUGUGUUGUUUAUUUAUCAACCCGCGAAAACAUGGCAACUAAAUGUCUAGUUAGUGUUUCAAUGGUUAAUUACACAAAGUGCACCAUGCAGAUACACAAGCAAGACACAGUAAUUUCAUUUGAUUGGCAGGGCAUAAUAUCACAUUUGGGACCUGGAGACAAGGUAAAAAUUUUUGUGACUCUUGGGAAUGGAUUGGCAAUCAAGAAGACAGCUGUCUAUCUAAUGUGUGAUGAAUCAAUUGGCAUGGAAAUAAAGCCUUCUCCCAAGACAAAAAUGGAAAUGAAGCCUUCUCCCAAGACAAAAAUGGAAAUAAAGCCUUCUCCCAAGACAAAAAUUCCUUCGAACCAAAAGGAUAAAAAGCCUUCUCCCGAGACAAAAAUUGCUAGGAACCAAAAGGGCCUAUCAAGUGUUUUUGCUAGGCGGUAGCAGUAGUUAGAAUAAUGAAGGUCUCACUUUGACUUGGACUAUGUGAAACUUAUAAAUACCCUUGUACAUACGAUUAGGGGGAUUCAUUUUUUGGUAAUUGAUAAUAAACUGAUUUUACAGUAUGAAGGGGGUCUUUCUUCCCUUGGCAGAGCAGAAUAAUAGACUUUCUCUCUGAUUCUCUUCCUUCUCCCAUCUCUCUUCUAUUUCAAUUCUGAAUCUUGACUGUUGGGAUCUAUCAGAAAAUGUCAUUGUUAGUUUUAUAAAGAUAGGAGAGGUUUUAAAUUUUAAUCAAUUUUUACUGGGCUCGCCAAAAGUCAGUCUAGGAUUCCCAUACUUCUCGGAGAGAGGAGGGAAGAACUUAUGAAACACAUAUAUAAAGGAGAAAUUCAUCAUAAAAUCUCGAUAAGAGUUCAUUUCCCAUUGUGCUAGGCCUCGUGGUGUCUAGACAAGGUGUGUGAUACUGUGAUGCAGUAGAAUAGUAGCAAUAUUUGGUGGAUGACAGGUAUUCUAACCACAAUUUGAAUCAACAGACUUUGGGUAUUCAUAGGGCUGAAAUUUCUGAAAUCAUUUUCAUCUUCGAGUAGUAUUGGUAUGCACAACAUGCCUAUAUUUUUUCAGAAAAUAUACGGUUAAUACCUUCAAUUAUAAUUGAUGCCCUCUUGCUGCAAGUAUUAUCUGUGUGGAAUCGAAAAGAUGGAAGAAUUGGAAAUCAACCAUAUUUUGAUUUUGCAAAGGAAUUUUUCAAGGAGGUCAAGAGGUGGCACCUUGAAGGAACUAAGAGGAAUGUGCUAGACAUGAAAAUUUGGACCAGUCAAAGCCCAAUGGGCUUGAUGGGCUUGGAAGGCCCAAGUUGCUCCUCACAUGGGCCACACCUUGAGAUAUUCAUUUUCUUCUAUUUUUGUAUAUAUUAUAUUAGUAUAGGUUUCAUAUAUUUUGGUCUUUUAUUUUGGAUCACAUAGAGUAACAUUUUGGAGUAAAAGGCAAAUCACUUCUUUGAAUUUGAUAGAUCUGGUUUCUAUUAUUAUUUGCUGUGUGAAUUUUGGAGUAAAAGGCAAAUCACUUCUCUAAAUUUGAUUCUCAAAAUUGGAAGAACAAAAAAAGUAAAAAAAAAAAAGAAAGAGAAAAAUAAAAAACAUUUGAAAAAGUUGAGAAGGAUAGAAAGGAAGAAAAGAGACCAAAAUUCACUAAGUCUUGGAUCUAGCUAUUAGAAUCAAUUUUUUUGUGAACUCUUCAAAAUUAUUUUGGUUUUCUUAAUCUACUUUAGAGCCUUUUUAAGAUCUUUCUCUUUGAGUGCUAACCAUUCCUUGAGAGUCUUAAUUUUUAGCUUUGUGUCUUUAUUGGCUUUCUUUGAGUUUUGUCAACUAUUACAUAUUCUUUGUUGGUAUAAGCUUCCUAAUUCUUUUCUUGUGCUUGUCAAGUUUUCAAUUAAAAAAAAUCUAGUGCUGGAAGUUGUGCUAAACUCUUGCAAGGAGUUCAAACAUUGCUCACAAAAGCUAGAAGGAAAGGAUUGCUAAUACUAAGCCAAAGGACUUGAAA